CUCGCGCCAGACUAAGAUAAAACCAUGGGAGAUGUGCCCGGAACAAAGGUUUGGGUGGGUAACCUCGGCAGCACGUGCGAGGAGCGUGAUCUGAGGGACGAGUUCAGCAAGUUCGGAGAACUCAACAAGGUUUGGGUUGCGCGUAACCCUCCAGGCUUUGCUUUCGUUUGGUUUGCCGACGACCGAGAUGCCACUGACGCCGUGCGUGAGGUCGACGGGAGAAGCAUCGCCGGGCGGGAGUGGCGCGUUGAGAUCGUGUGGGUCGCCCGCAACCCACCGGGCUUCGCGUUCGUCUGGUUCGCUGACGACAGAGACGCCGGUGAUGCCGUUAGGGAAAUCGACGGCAAGAGCAUCGCCGGUCGCGAGUGGCGUGUGGAAGUCUCUCACCAAAGAGGCCGCGACCGCGGGCCGCCCGGGGGCGGAUACGGUGGCGGCGGCGGUGGCUACGGGGGCGGCGGCGGCGGUUACGGCGCUCCCCGCGUUGGCGGCGCCGCGCCCCGCACUGGCUACAAGGUCCGCAUCACCGGCCUGCCCGAGGGCAUGCGCUGGUCAGAGCUGAAGGACUUCGUGCGCAAGGCUGGGGACGUGACUUACGCCGACGUCCGGGGCGACGAAGGGUACGUCCGCCGUGGUUUCGUUGUCUUCCGUCAGGCUAUCUCGCGUGUUGUUGUAUCCCGCGUGCGUGUUCUGUCGAAAGUGGGUCUUGAUAGCUGUCCUUUGCGUGUGGGUUGUCGACGGCUGCGCGUGCUAUAGAAAACCGCCGCCGACCUCGGUCGGGUAAGCUGAGAGAACUUUUUUCGUGUUUUUUCGUGUGGUGGUGUGAUGACACGAACUCGCGUGCCCGCUAAUGCCUAACCUAACCAUCCCUUUUUGCGAUGUCGAUGCGGACGACGGGGCACAACGCGAUGGAGGGGGAAAGGGGGGGGGCUUUUUUCAUAGUAAAGCAUUGUCUACAAAGAAACCAGCCGGCGCGGCUGCACGCCAAAAAUGUAUUCGACCGCUCCAAACUACGCUACCAUCCCUUUGGGGCCACCUUUUGUUGUGUCGAGAAGCGCGGCAAUGGCACACGUGGUGCUUGUCUACCUGGGCGUGUUGUUGUAGUGGUUGUACGGGUGCUACCACCGGCAUGUUCUUCCUGACGGUCGUGCGGACGUCCAGUAGUGGUAGGGGCUGACUGCAAUCAACGUUACGGUGGCGCGCGCGGGAUAAAGCGGGGUUGAGGAUCUACAGCAAUCUUCCCAACGUUCCAUCCGCAAAGACGAUUUUGUUCAUGGUGGAAGAUGGGCUGGUCCUGGUGCAAAUCAAAGUUUCACCCUCUACGGUGGAUCAACCACCACCUAGGUUCUACAGCUUUUUCGACUUUCGGCCAACCGCUGCCGCCCUUUCGAGCAUCCGAGACAAGAGAA